AUGCAGCUCUUUGUUUUUCUUCUUCUCUUUAGUCCAAUCGUGGGUGAUUUGUCAUUUGAAUGGAAUAAAUUUAAACGUGAUUAUAACAAACAUUAUGGAACAAUUGCUGAAGAAAACGAACGAAAAGAGAUAUUUUUUAAUAAUGUUCAUCGAAUGCGUUCUUACCAACAAACUCAUCCCAAGGCAACAUUUAAAAUGUCAAUCAAUCAUUUAAUGGAUCGACGCAUUGAGGAGCUUGUGUCUGGUCCAAAACUUUCCUUUCAAUCUCUUCCAGCAUCAUCCAAAAGUUCUGUUGAUGUAAAGAACUUACCUAAAUCACUUGAUUGGCGUACAAGAAAUGUAAUCUCACCUGUAUACUCAGGUGAACGUGGAGUAAUCGUAACUGCAAUUGUCAGUACCGAACUUGUGGAGUCACUUCAUGCCAUUGAAACGGGUAAUCUUGUCAAAGGCAGUAUUUCACGUGUAUAUGAUUGUUGUCAACAACCAAUUGAUGCUUUUGACUGUAUCCAAAAUAUGAGUGGUAUUUGUUAUAACAGUGACUAUCCGACCGCUCUUGAUCAAUGUGAACCAGACAAAUGCAAACCAUUUACUACAGUUCGUAUUUAUGAUGUGUCUUCAUGUUCAGAAGGACAGGUGGAUUAUGUGGUGCAAAUCGUUGGUUAUGGUGUCGAAAAAGACAUACCGUACUGGUUAUGUAAAAAUAGUUGGAGUGAGGAAUGGGGAGAGAAGGGCUUUUUUCGUAUUGCACGCGGUAAGAAUAUGUGUAACAUCGCUACUGUUGUCAUACAAGUGGCCAAUUCAAAGAAAAGUGAUGCUCCACGACGAUAUUCAAUUGUAUCAAUGUCAUUCGCUUUUACAUUGGCAAUUAUUUCGCGAAAAAUUACUACUUAUUAUUGA